UUAUCAUGGAAAUCACGAUUUUCUUUACCAAAUCGAACAUAUAUACCUCGUGCGGGAUUAUAUAAUAGACCAAUUGUUAAACCUAUUUUAUUUGCAUCCUUCACGUCGGGCACAACUUUCGCAAUUGCCUUGACUUAUUCCGAAUAUAAACGAAGAAUUUACAGUAGAACUCCAAUAGAACAAUAUAAUAGCAUGGAGACAUCUAUCAUUCCGAACUGGGCCCAAAGAGCAUUUGGCCAACGAUUGAGAAAGUUACAGAAUUCGGACAUUUAUAUAGAACUUGAAAGGAACGUAGCGCUUAUAACGAGACGAUGGCGUUCAUUAAGUGAUAGCGAUAAAACGUUAUUAGCGUUGAUUGGGAUCAAUGCUAUAAUCUUUGGAAUGUGGCAAUUAACACCAUUUCAACAUUUAAUGGAAAAAUAUUUUAUUCAUCAUCCAUUAUCUGGUCGAAUGUUUACGUUACUGACAUCAGUUUUUAGUCACAAAGAGGCAUGGCAUUUUAGUUUUAACAUGAUUGCAUUAUGGUCUUUCGGUGGAGUAGUUUAUAGAAUGUUAGGUAAAGAACAAUUUCUCGCAUUUUACAUCAGUUCAGGAAUAACAUCAUCAUGCGCGUGUGCCAUGGAAUAUCCAGAGGCAUCGGUAUAUUUGAUAUUUCUUCCAUUCUUUCCUAUAAAACUUGGUUAUGCACUUCCAGCGCUUAUGGCUUUUGAUUUAUUUGGUAUAAUAUCUGGAAUGAGAAUGUUUGAUCACUUUGCACACUUAGCAGGAGCAAUUUUUGGAAUAUUAUAUAGUAAAUACGGACCAGAAGCAUACAAUAUUAUUUUAAAUAUUUUAAGACAACUAUAA